UCCUGCUUUGCAUAACCACCAAUGUCGCGCCUUUGAUUGGACCACUCGCGGGAUUAUAAUCUGCAUUUUUUUUCUUUCAUGACCACCACGCUUCGCCUUUCAAUCUGCUUCUGGACGUCUCCGUCACUCCCCCUCCCGCCCGUGUCUAUCCUUCAUUAAGAGAAGCAGCCUGUCGCCGCCUGCCGCUGCUCAAACGUGGAGGAAAGGACACGAAGAGGGACGCUUGCAGCUCCAUUGUUAGUUAGUCUGGUGAAAUUUACGACUCGUCCGACAUAUUUAGUGCAUUUAGCGCCAGUGCUGGAUCAGAGAAGGAGAGACUGGUUAUUUCUCUAGGAGUCCUCCGGAACAGACACGGCGGUUGAAGGACGCUAAAGUUGGCUAAGAACUGGCUAUUCAAGGAGAGUGCAAGCCCCCCUACCCUCAUCAGCAACAGCAGCACAUCAGUAUCCAUACAUAGGAGGUGGUUAUGAAACCGGAUGGGGUUAAUAUGGAAACCACGGAGCCUACUGAAGCUGCAGCAGUAGCAGAACACUCUCCAUUGCAGGAAAACAUACCUGAGCAAGCCCCAUCACAGCCAGAGGAGGUUGCAAAUGAUGCAGCGCCUGAACCUGCUUCCAAGGCCAACGGCAAGCUGGUAACAGCAGAUCCCAAAGCCAAACCAAAGGCUGUUGCAACUAAAAUGCAUUCAACAGCCAAAUCAGCAGGAACUUCACGGCCAAUGACCAGCUCAGAUCGCACAGUAAACAAUGUCAGAUCCUCUAACAAUGCUUCCACAGCUGCAAAGAAAGCAACAACCACGACAACAACAAAAGCAUCAGCAGCAGGGGCUGUUUCUAAAAGACCAGUAGGUGGGGCAGCUGCAUCUUCUGCAGUUAAGAACCAAACUAAAGUGCCGGACAGGAAGCCUGUUGGAGCGGCCAGGACAACCUCUACUGCUGCUGCUUCAGUAACAAAUGGUACCAGACCAACCACAGCAAACAGCACACCUAAGAGGAGACCAGUGGCUGAAACAGUUAGACCAAAAACCACAGCUACUUCCAGUAGACCAGCGGCUUUCACAGCCCCAAAACCCAAUGCUUCAACCACAACAAAAGCUGCUGCCGGUGCCGUUUCAAAGACCACCAGGCCUGCUACUGCUCCCCCAACAUCUCGACCUGCCACAGCCACAUCUAGGCCCACCGCCUCUACAACCAACAAGCCCUCCACCACUACAGCCGUAAAAACAGCUGCUCCUAGAGCAGCCACAGUACCCUCUACUGGCAGGACUGUUGCAGCACAGGCUCCGAAAGCUUCUGCAGCAAAGAAAGAUGUCAGUCGACCCCCUCCUGCUGCAGCCACUAAGAAGCCUACAAUUACGACAUCCUCUGCUCUCAAAAAACCUGAAACCACUAAAGCUACAUCCACCAUAAAGCAGAACUCCGCCUCCAAACUGUCCACAACAGCAAAGGUGGCAGACCCCAAGGUGUCUCAAUCCAAAACCCAACCGCCUACAAAAUCUGCUCCCACAAAGAAACCUGUAACGGCUGUUAGGCUCCCUGCUGUUAAUAAAGCAACCACUGGUCGAACCCCACCUGCCUCUCCAAUCAACAAACCUGCAAACAGCAGCACUGCUCUGUCAAAACGGGGCACCAAACCAACUCAGGCUGUCUCCCCUUUCACUGCCGUAAAGAAGACGGUGGUUUCAAACACCACCACAUGUCCUGUAGAAAUGCAUGGAGCUGCUAGUGCAGCAGUAGCAUCAGUAGCAGCUGCCACAGCAGCAUCUGUGCUAGCAGAAUCUCAAACUGAGCAAAUAGAGUCUCCCCCACAAGCAACAUCUUUUGCUGCCUCUGCACCUGAGGAGGACUCUUUCCCAAUCUCAGCCGAGGAGACCACACCGGAGGCACCUCAGGAACCUCAGGAACCUGUUCAAAGCCAUGUAGCUGCUUCUUCUCUUCUUGAAAGCCUUGACAUGACUCAAACAUCUCCUCCCCAGGAGGAGGCUGAAAGCAUCGCUCCCUUACAAACACAGGAGGAGAUCCCUGCUCCAGCUGAGCCUGCGGCACCACCAGGAGCCUCCUCUUCAGACCUCCCCAAGGAGGCUGUUUAUCUGUUUACAGACCGAGCCCCCUCCACCUCUAAAGCCCCCUCAGCAACAGAAAGUCUGAUCACUCAGAUAGCGCCUCACAGCAACCUCAAUGAGGAGGAGGAUGAAGAGGAGCGGGAGGGGAGUCAGCUGGUGUCCGUGUCUGAAAUGAGUGGAACCACUCAGCCCACAGAGGAGUCUCGCCCUGGCUCAGCUGGACUAGUAGGAGGGUCUGCUUGGAGAGCCAGCGGUGCCUUGCUCUCUGAGCUGGACUCUGAGGAGGUGAGUGGGAGUCAGCAGGGUGCAUCAGAGCUGAGUGCCCCUGGUGUCCUGGAGGGCACAGAGAGUAUGGACGACCUGGGAGACGGCAGCCUGAAAGGAGCCAUCGAUAUGGAAGGAGCCUCAGCAGGCUCACCUGACUUUGAGAAAGUUCCUGACAUUCCAGUGAACGACUUCGACGAGGAUGAAGACGAUGACGAUGAUGACGAUAGGGUGUGUGACAUGGAUGUGGGCUCAGAGCGAACUGAUGAACCGCUGAGACAAAGGCAUGAUAAUGAUGUGGAUGACGACGAGGAAGAUGAAGAUGUAGAAAUGGCCAGUGAGGGUGUGACGGAGAGUGGGCUGGAAAGCUAUGGCAAUGCAGACGAGGAUGACUUUGCUGAAGAUGAACGGCUUGACAACUUGAACCGAGUGGCUCAGCCACCACCGCCCCCUCCUCUGCUGCCGUCUGCCCCAGCUGCUCAGUGGGACCAACCAAACCCUUUUGCCAAUCCCUGGGCAGAACCGCUGCAGCCACUUGAUCAUGUCCCCUUGGCAGCAGGAGCAGCUGCAGCAAGCCCUCUGGCAGACCCCUGGCAAGCAGACUCAGAAACCCCAACUCAGACUCCUGCUCAGGCUUGGCUAGAACUUGGCUCGGGUCCCUUUGCUCCAGAAGAAUCUCCUCAUCAGUCACCUGCUCAAGAUGAGCAACAAUGUCUAGAGGCCAAGAUGUACAUGGGUCAGUCUAGCCCUGCACUCAUGCAUCUUGCACCAGCUCCCCUCUCUGCUGCUGGGAUGUCUCUGUCAAGCACGCUAAGCAGCGAGACCAGCACGCCGGAGGAACUGGGCAACCUGAAGCUACAGCCACAAGAUCCACAAUCAUCAGGGCUUUCUCCUCAGCCAGACCAGGAGGGAGAGGAGGAGGCCGAGGCAGAGACCCUGCCUGCUGAUGAAGUCCUGGGAGGCCCUGCAACUGCCCCAACCUCCAACCCGUCUUCAUCCUCUGUCACAGAAGAUGAAGCGAGUGAUACAGAGGGAGAGGCUCAGCUGGAGGAUUCUCUGGAGAGUCCAGCUGUCAGAAACACAACCUUUGACAGCCAGUCCACAGCCCGGCGCUGCCUCUCCACUGUGGAGGAAGGAGAGGAGGUGGAGGUGGGCAUCUGUGCCGGUGAAGACACAACCCCACCUUCAGCUACAUCACUGGCAUCGUAUGGCUUCGACACCAUGACCACAGCUUCAAACUCCAACGCCCAGUCUACGGGGGAGAGCUGCAUUAAGAGCCCUGGCAUCUUCUCUCUGGAGGAGCUGCCUGAGGAAGCCAAAGAGUUCUUUCUGAUCCCGCAGCCUGACACACAGCCCCCAUCAUUUGCAGAGCAGCAGUACAUUGAGUGUGGGAAGCAGGAAACUGAGUCUGCUGAGAAGGUUAGGGAGGAAGAGGAAGCGCUGACUCCUCUAUCAAUUCCAGUCACUAUGCAGCAAACAGAAGAAAGCACUGAUGACAUCCAGCCUCCUUACUAUUCUGCUAUCUGUGAAAAGACUGAGAACUCUUAUGCAGGCUUCACUGCACUACCGCACCCUCACCGCCGCGAUCACGCUGCAUACCCCAGAGCCUACUGUGACAUCAUCAAACCUCACAGCGCCACAAUCAGCCCACCAAAACUGACCUGUGCUGACCUCCCACCCAGGAGCCCUGGGCAUCAGGCUCUGAGUCCGCAGCUCCGCCGGCUGGAGCAGCACCAAAAGCAGCUACUGGAGCUGCAGCACCGUAGGGAGCAGCAGAGCAGGCCACUGGAGGAGGCGGAGCAAGAGAGGAAAAGAAGGGAGGAGGAGGAGCAAAGGAGAAAGAAGGAGGAGGCUGAAGAAGAAAUAAAAAGGAAUAAAGAAGAGAUUGAGAGGAAGAUGCAAGAGCAGGCAGAGGCAGCAAAAAAGGAGGAGGAGGAAAAAAAGAAGAAAGAGGAGGAGCUGAAGCAGAGAAGAGACCUGGAGCUGCAGCUGCAGCAGCAACAAGAGGAGCUGAAGCAGAGACAGCAGAUCAUGCAGUGGCAACAAGAGCUGCAGCAAUCAAACAAAGGGCAGACAGUGCUACUGUCUCCGUCCUCUGGCCUGUGCACCAUCUAUGAAGCUCUGGAGAACAGCGAUGAAGAAGAAGGUGAAGAAGAGGGAAUAAAGGAGCUCAGCACUACUAAGAGGAAGAGACAAAACAAGCAGGGAGUAUUGAAGAAAGAGAUGGAUGACUGUGAAAGGGUGAAAAAAGAUGAAGAGAAACAUUGUGACUCUCCAGUGCCGACAGAGGACCCUCCUCCUCUUCACCCAGACUCUCUGCAACCUCCUAGCCUCAACUCUCAGGAUAGAGAGAGCCCAUCUUCUCUUCCUCCUGAGUCCCCUGAGCGGCCUCCCCCGCUGGACCUGGACUGGGGGAAGAAAGUGGAUAUUGUCCAACAGCUGAUCAAUCAGACUUUAAUGCUGAACAGAGACGGCUGCUCUUCCCUGCUGCUCCUGCCAGGAGGUGCAGGAGGAACACUGAGCCCACUGGAGAGCAGCCUGUGGCCCAGCCUGCUGCCACCUCUCACCCCUCCCUCUGCCACUGUCACCUCCGUCAGUAGUUUCUCCCCAGAGACGACAGGGAGCUCCCCACAGGGGGAGUGGACCGUGGUAGAGCUGGAGACACAUCACUGAGGGAUUUCAGUGUGUGAUGUCACUCCCACACCUGAAAUCAAACAUUUGCAGUACUGUAAAAAAAAAAUUAAUGUUAAUUUAGGGAGAUGAAACAUGUUCUGUCAAAGUACGCACAAAUACCCAUGAAAACUUAAACACAAAACAAACAGGGUGAUGCACACACAAAGCAGCCAGUGCUCACACAUUAAAAGCAAAUUAAUAUUUACUUUUUUAGAACAUAGUAUAGUAUAUAUAAAGCAAAUAUCUGGGCUGGCUAAACUGGACAAAGAAACAGUUCUUCAUCAGAAAAUCCAUUUAAAGAGUAUAAAUCACAGAGUUUGUGUUUGUCACAUUGUAUGUGAUGGUUAAAGUCACUAUAAACUUUUAUCUUCCUCUUUCAGAAGAACAAGCACCUGUGAGAAAAUUCUGUAUUUUUGUGUUGACUAAGGAUCUGAAGUAAAUGAGGUGUUUAUUCAGUUCAUAAAUUAACUUGAGCAGUGGUUCCCAACCAACCAGAUAUGUAUAAUGUUUUUUUUCCCUCAGGCUUUACUCUUACUUGCUUCUCAACUCUACAUCUAAACUACUGAAAUAUUUUAAACUACUGAUUAAAGUUACCUACUAGUUUUAUAAGGUAUUAAAAUGCAACACAAUGAGAAGGGGUCAGUGUUAUUUACAGCCAGCAGAUUUUUAUUUUGAAAGGAGAAAUCCAAAAUCAAGAAAAAAUCCCAAAUUACUGCUUGAAAAUGGGAAAGAACAACAGAAUUAAGGGGGCCCUUGGCCCUUUUAGGCAGUUUGAUAUUGAAUUAAGCAACUAAGAGUAAGAACUAAUAAACUGAAUCUUUUAUCUAUCUCUAAUUUAGUUCUCUGUAUGCUGAGAAUCACAUGCCCAGUGUUUUUCCAUAUCGGUGCUGGCUGCUGUACUCUACGUCUGUUAUAGUAAGCGGUGUGCACACUGGCAACUCUGACACUAUUUAACAUACAGGUCACAUGAAUGGGGAAAAAAAUUAAUAUUCCAGCCCUAGUCAUCCGUUUUCAAUUUUCCUGUCUUUGAUCCGAGCAUAAAACUAAAAGAUUAUAAAUGACACAUUUUUCAUUUCCUAAAACAAGAUAAGGAACAAAAAAGUUUCAUUUUUAAUUGAUCAGUUUUUGAUGUUAAUCAAUGGAACUGCCUAAAAUUCCUGUUUUGCUUUCCUAUUUUAAAAAUCUGUUUGCUGUAGAAUACACUGACCAGAGGGUAUACUACCUGUAUCAGGUCACAUUAAUAAAUGGGCCAGUGACAAAUAAAUAUUGUUUUUAACUGAUAUGGGAACCACUGUCAUUGACUCCAAUAAAAGAAACAGACUCAUGCUAUCUUAUAAAACAAGUACAAUACAAAUCUGGUGCUACUUCAGUUGUUUCUUGAAACAUGCACGUUAAUCAACGUGAACAGUCUUGCCCUGAAUUCAGUCUUAAAGGACAGACCUGGAUUUUUCCAGAUCAAACAAAGCACAGAUUUUUAUUCUCACUCACCCAUUGAGUAGUUUUAUAAAACAAUGUGAAAAAAUAAGUGCUCUGAAUGUGAUCCAUAGGUUUACAUUGAAGGGGUGUUAUAUAGAGCACCCGAUCUUAUUUUUCAAUAUCCUAAGUGGUCUGUAAUGUACUGCAAUUGACCCAUCAAUCUGAGCCCUUACUUGGAAUCAAACGAUCUACAGAUGCUGGAGAUAGGAUAAAACUGUCCAUUCUCAGUCAUAGUAAUGACACUGCAUGAGUCUGUCUGGUGAUGCCAGUGGGAAACUGCUUCUCAGAAAUCCAAGUAGAAUACACAACAUGACACCACAGUGAAACUCCACACUUUUCUCGCACCACUUGACAUCCUAAACCACUGCAUGCACAAGCUUGAUACUUCAUUAUAAACUCACACACCUGAAACCACCUGAUUGCAGAAAGAAACCCAUUAUGCAUUUCUGCUACUAACUAAAAUGAUAGGAACUUAACACUAUUUUUGAUGCCAAAUCUUUUGGGUAGUCCUAUGCGCACACAUGCCAAUUGUGCCAAGUGGCCACUAUAAAUUGAAGGUUAAUCUAUGAUUGAUUUGGUUGCACCUGUGGCACAUUUAAUUGCAAGUGUUUGAACACUGGAAAACCUACUGAGCCUGCUACUGAAAAAGAACUCUAAUUGCAAGACUUCAUUGUUUACAUUGUCAGCAUUGUUAUCAGUGUUGUUUUUUUAAGCCUACAAGCUAAAGCUUAUUAUAGUGUAAUAUCUUUGCAAGCAGUGGUCAAAGUAAUGUUUUGAUUAAACCUAAAGAGGAUUAUCACAUUUCUGGACAACCUCAGGCUUAGUUUUUUUGCUACCAAAGGUAGGUACAAUAUGAAGACCGUUCUCUCUAUAACUCGGAAGUCAUGUUUUGACAUUUUUCAGAUCAACAUUAAAAUGUAUGUAGAGAAAAAUGUCUGCUCAUAGUUAAUUUCGGAUGAAUGUUUGCCUGAUAUGGCCACGUCCUAGUCUUUUAUGAUUCACAUAUACAUGAGUUGGUUAUUUUACAUUGGACUAGUGCUCAGAUUUAUUGUGAUAGUCGAUGGUUUAGUCUAUGAAGAUAAGUGAGUAAGAGCAGGGAGGGUUCAGUAUCAGGUUAUCAGGUGAUACUGUUAAAACUGUGAUAAACUUUGGUAUGAAAGUGAUCUUUUUUCUGGAUGAAAUUGUCUAUAUGUGUUUAUGCCAGUCUCUUGUCUGGAAACUUUGUGUACUGUCCUGUUGAAGUUCACUGUAAUAUCACAACUUCACUACUGUGAUGGCUUCUUUCCCUUUACUGGAGAUUAUGGAUUAGUUGUGAUUACCAUUGUCUGAAAUUAUAUCCACUCAUGUGCUUUUGAGUAAAAUCAUUAUUUUAUAAACUGAUUUAUUGAAUUGGAUGCAGUUUGCAAACUAUUGCCUUGAGGAAAAUUUGUCCGGCUCUUCAAACUUUAUUGGCACUUGAGGCAGAUUUUCGACCUUUCACACUGAAGACUGCUCACUUCCUUUAGCUUGUCCUCUGUCCUGUCAAAGCCUCUGUGUAGCAGCAUAAGUAUUGGGAAAUCUAUGUAGGACGUGUUUUUAAAUGUGCUUUGUCCAUAAUGUGUGACGUGUUUUUUAAGCUUUUUGUUUAAAAGGACUGCUCACUGUAAUGAAGGGAAACUCCUCUUUAAUUUUGUACUUUAGAGAUUUAGAAGUGAAGCCCUGUAAGAGUCAUAUAUAGAUUUUUAUUGAAUAGAGAGUGAAAGAUGACCGUAAAUAGUACACUUUAUUAUUUUUUCUUGUAAAUGAAUUGCCUUUUUCUUGUCCUCUCACAAGGGUUGAUUAGCUUAAUGGUUAUGGGGUCAAAUUGGAGACAGUGGAUUAAACUGUGCGUGAAUGAAAUUGGACUCUUUCUUAAAUCUCACGUUUUUGAUUUUAAUUUAUUAAAAAUGAAGUGAGACCUGUGUAAGUGAAGUAAAUGAGCUCUCUUAU